UUUUCCUCUUCUCUUCUCAUAAUGAUGUAAACUCACAUUGAUUCUCUCUCUAGCUAGAGCCAUAAAAUGAAUGAACAGCAACAGUAGUAGAUGGACACCCUACGUCUUAAAUGUCAUGUCUCAACAUUUCUUUCACUGUUUCUCUUCAUAUCUCUCUCUCUAUUCAGUUUCUUCUCAGUAAUUGUUUUGUCAGAAAAAAACUACACCACACUCAAAUGAAGAGAGAGAAUUGCUCUGCUGCCCCAUUGUAAACCUACCCGUAGUAAGAGUACUACAAAUGCUUGCCCAUUUCUUGUCACUUUCCAUUGUCUCCAACUUAUAACUGCCCAACGUGCCCACUUUUAGCUACCUAUUAUAUUUCCUUAAUCUUGUUUAUUUUAUUAUCUUUCAUAUACUUGUUUUUCUUACUACUAUAUAUUUUGGAGGCUGGGUUUAAUUUCGCGGGUGGUCAAAUGGCCACUGGCGGUUCGAGUUCGUGUUCGGGUUCGUGUUCAGGCUCGGGAACGGGUUCGAAAGUUCAGUCAUUGCCACCACCACGACCCAAGUCCCCGCCGGAUUUGUAUGGGAGGAGAAAGGAGAUGGUUAGAAUUCAAGUGCUUGAAAGAGAGAAAAGUAUUCUUGAGGAGGAGUUGAAAUUGGCGGAUCGUCUUCAACCAGCCUCCAGAUGCUGCAAAGAGCUUGUUGAUUUCGUUGCAGCAAAUGCAGAUCCAUUGAUUCCAACAAAUCGGAAAAUUGGCAAGUCCUGCCAUCUAUGGAGAUGGCUCUUUUGUGGAUCAUCAUGCUUCAACUUUUCAUGGAUUUGCUGCUGUACCGGGUGCAGCUGCUGUUCUUGUGAUUUAAAGAACUGCUGCUCAUGCAUCAGCUGUUCGUUACCAAAGUGUAGCUGUUGGUGUAGUAAUCCAUGCUCCUGCUGCUGUGCCAAGAACCCAUGCCGCGGAUGUUGUCCAAGUUGCAAGAAUUGUUGCAAUUGCAAGUCUCUUCCUUGCUUCGACUGUUGUAGCUGUGAAUGUAAAUGCACUUGUCCUAAAUGUCCUACAUGUUCUUGUUCACAGUUGUGGAAAUGCUCUUGUCCUAAAUGUCCAACAUGUCCUAAAUGUCCAUCAUGUUCCCAGAUAUGCAAUUCCUGUUUUGGCUGUAUAACCAAUUGCUGCUGCUGCAAUAACUGUUGUAUAUGCUGUUAGCUUUUGAUUGAUAUUGCAAAAAAUGAAGCUUUGCCGAUUGCAUA